CGUCCGUACUGAGUGUGGCCACACGUUUGUUGAUUACGGACACGUCCUGUCACGCGGUUGACCACGUGGCGUGACGUCACCUGUCACGCUCGCGCUUAAUUUGUGCGCCAAACUUUUUUCAAAGUGUUUAAUUGUUUGUUUAUGAGACAUGUAUUGUGUGUUUGUGGUUGUCGGGUUCCUGUUGCUUCCGGGGCCUUCCUGUACCAACUCAGAUAACUUAGCUCUUCUUCUCAAUACAUUGAAGACAACGCAAAGAGCGGUGUGUGACGAUGAAAUGGUAUUCAUAGAGUGUCCAAAAGGAACCGCCAUCAGUAUCCUGGUCGCACAGUACGGAAAAGCAAGUCUUGAGAACUCUGCAUGUGCCCAUGUUUCUUCUGGCAGUUCAGACGAACAAGAAAGAGAGAAUUGUAAGAGACCAAAUGCGAUGCAGUAUGACCUGCUGCAGACCGUGGUGGAAGCGUGUCAGAAGAAGCAACAAUGCACCUUUAGCACCACUCCGAGACCUGGCAUUGUAGACCCCUGCCCUUUCACUAGGAAAUACAUCGAAGUUUCAUACAAAUGUAGACCUCAUGACUUUAUAAGUGAGACGGUCUGCGAGGAUGAACUGAUGGAACUGAGCUGCAAUCCUCACUCAAGAAUCGCAAUAUUCGACGCUCAGUACGGUCGCACAGCGUACGAAAUCGCUUGUCCAGCACACGGUGUUACUGAAUCAUGUUCCACACCCUACACCGUGGAGAAGGUGAUGCAGGUGUGCCACGGUAAGCGUCGGUGCCUUGUCUUAGCAAGCGGCAGAACAUUCGAGUCCUUCUGUGGCCCUCAAAUACGACCCUAUCUUAAAAUCGUCUAUGCUUGUGUUCCACUAGGCAUCAUAAGUGAACGCUAUGAGACUCCAGCCGAAGUGGAAGAAAUAGACAGCACAUUGAAGAUAUCUAAUGACAAUCGUUUAGACAAAGAAGACAGAGCUGGUGACAAAUGGGGUGACAUAAAAGCAGGAACAACCACUAUUGGUUCGGUUUGGCAACCACCAGUAAAGCAUUUACCACCACUGAGGACCGAAGAAACCACUAUUUUCACUUCUUUAGCUGAUCCAGCACUACAACCGCGGACCAAAGAUGUGACUCCACCGCCAAACACUAACGCUAAUGUUGAGAAGACUAAAGAGUUGUCGUCAACUUACAAGCUAUACAUAUUCAUCGGCAUCGCUGUAGUAGUAUUUGUCAUUCUUACCGCAAUAUUCAUUGGAAUUCGUUGCUACCUGGAUCAGAAAGCCAAGAGCGAUUCUAAGAAUGGCGACAUGUUCACUACAGAAGCACCAAACGUUUUCAACGAUGCGGUAUCUGACAUAGACAAUGAUGUAGACGUCAGUCACAUUUCUGGAACUUUCUACGAUCCAGUACAUCCAGACAUGAUUCUCUUCAAAGAUGUGCCGGGCAGCAGAGGCACUCUUCGUGCUAUGAAACCAUUGUCAACGAUUUAUCCAAUCGCCGGAGCUAGUAUGUACGGAAACGUAGACUAUGUGCCAUCACAGACCAGAGACAUUCCAACAAGAUUUACGAGAAGUAGAAGUAAAGAAGAACAAUCGACUGACAUGAUGAUGAGUCCAAAGAGUUUAGCAUCAUAUUCAAAUUCAAAUUUUUACUAUGGCUGACAACAAGGAGACAAUGACGCUACUAGAACAUACUGUUUUUAAUGCGUUACAUAAACACACGAAACAAAUUCGACUUGUGAAGCUCAGACAGAUAAUAAGAAUUGUUGUAAAACUGAUUCGUGAUGUGAAAAGUAGAAACGUGUAUAAAAUACUCGGGAUCUUUACAUUAAUUUCAUUAAUAAAUCAUUUGAUAAUAUUAUCUUUAGUAAUCUAUUUAAUGUUUGUCACCACAAAUGACGUCUGCACAAUAUAUGUGAACCUAUUACAUUUGCAUAUCGUAGAUAUUCCGCACCUUGCAUUCAUGAUAUCAUCUGUGAUUUAAUGCAUACACUAUUGUUCUAUUAUAUUUAUUAAUUAUUUGUAUUAUACAUACGCUUCACUAGAUUUAUUACAACGAAAAAAGUACACAUUAAAUGUAAAUUUUUUGAUAUUUUUUUAAAAUAAAAUUUGUUAAAUA